AUUAAUUGCUUCUCCAUUUUUAUUUUCUUUCCUCUGUGAACCGUCUUAUCUUUUCUGGGGAAAAAACUGAACUCGGUCUCUUGUAUAUGGUGUUUGACGUGAGAACACAUAUAUAAAGGCAAACAUGGAUUAAGCGGUGUUGAGAAUUGUUAGAUAGUAAAAUUAUAGCAAUGGGAGCUCAUCUUCUUGUUCAGAUAUCAUCUGGGCUUUGUUGUCUCAAGAAGAACUCUGCAGCACCAUCACUUAUUAGUGGGCCUCACCCAAGAACCAGACCUUUGUCUACUGUUUGCGCUGCUUCUCCAACCCACCCCACCUCCACUAUUCAGAUUGUUGGUGGGAAUACUCCAGGUUGGUAUGGAAACAGUAAUUUGCAUUUUAGUGACACAUUUAACAAUCAUGAAGACGAAUUUGACUGGGUCGAUCUUGAUAAUGAACUCUAUCAUUGGACAAAAGCAUUGCGGCCUGUUCAGUGGUAUCCUGGUCAUAUUGCAAAAACUGAAAAAGAACUAAAAGAACAGCUAAAAUUGAUGGAUGUUGUGAUAGAGGUGCGAGAUGCAAGAAUUCCAAUGUCCACUAGUCAUCCUCAGAUGGAUUCGUGGCUUGGUAACCGAAAAAGAAUCUUAGUUUUAAACAGAGAAGACAUGAUAUCUGCUGCCGACCGUAAUGCCUGGGCAUCUUAUUAUGCCAACCAGGGAACUAAGGUUGUCUUCGCCAAUGGAAAGCUUGGAAUGGGAGCCUUGAAGAUGGGGAGGUUAGCAAAGACCCUAGCUGCUGGAGUAAAUAUAAAGCGCAGAGCAAAAGGGCUACUUCCCCGUCCGGUUCGAGCUGGAAUAGUAGGAUAUCCAAAUGUUGGCAAAUCAUCUUUGAUCAACCGUUUGCUGAAGCGGCGCAUGUGUCUAGCUGCUCCAAGACCUGGUGUUACCAGAGUACUGAAAUGGGUUCGUUUUGGGACUGACCUGGAGUUGUUAGAUUCCCCUGGAAUAAUCCCAAUGAGAAUUAGUGAUCAGUCUGCUGCCAUUAAGCUUGCAAUGUGUGAUGACAUUGGGGAUAGAUCCUAUGAUUUUGCUGAUGUUGCAGCCAUUCUUGUCCAGAUGCUUACAAAGUUUCCAUCAGUUGGAAAUGCAGUUCUGUGCCAACGUUAUAAACUUGAUGCAGAUUCCACUUGUGGUAAAACAUUCGUACAAAAACUUGCAAAUCACUUGUUCAAUGGAGACGGUAAUCAAGCAGCAUUUCGUAUCUUGGCAGACUUCAGAAAAGGAAAAUUUGGUUGGCAUGCCCUCGAGAGGCCUCCAAAAUAACACGACGGGGGUCAUUUUGAUAUAGUAGAACGGGGCCUCCAAUAUAACACGACGGGGUCAAUCUGAUAUAGUAGAAUGCCAGACAGUGUUGAUAUAUAAAAACACAAGAUCCGCGAGCCCUGCUGAUGAGCCCGACGAUGCUUGGUGGAUAGUUGAUAUAUAUCUGAAUACCAUCUCGGGAGGGCAAGGAAUAGGCCGCCUGUGUGAACAGAGACCUCCAUGAUCUAAAUGUAUUGUAGCUUUUUUUUUUACAUGUAAAGUACUUUUCAGGUGUCUCAAAACUUUAUACAAAUAACAUGACACACGUAUGUGUUUUUAA